GGGCAGUAAAUAUCAGACGGACGUGCUUCCUGUUUUGAAUCGGGUCGUUUGUCGCUCGUGAGGAUGGUGAUGAUGUGAGUCAUUCAGCUGUAGACCGUCCUGCUGAAGACAUGGCUGUGAGCUCGGGCUGCAGUACGGUGCUGAUGUCGGUGCGGGUGUCGGUUCGGCCGCUGUCUGUGGGCUCGGACUCGCUGCGGCUGCAGCUCAGCAUGAACGCGAACCGCGCGGGACUCUUCACGCUCACACUCAGACACACCGACCGCGGAGGACGCAGCGUGUCUCUGGCAGAGUUUGAUCUGCGCUCCGUCAAGUACGAGAUCAAAUCAGCUCGGAGUCACGAAAUGCGUCUGAACAAGCCGCCCCACGACAGCCUCACGUUCACCUUCCGCAGCGAGCAGGAGGCGCAGGAGUGGGGGACCGUCAUGAUGUCAUCGCUCAGAGAGUCUCACCGAGUGGCCAACAUUUCUCAUCCUUCAGAUGAUGGAGAGCAGAACAUGAAAUGUGGAGAGAGAAACCCAUCAGUCCUGUCGCUGUCAAUGAAAGAGGAGCUGUGUCUCGAGCUUUCUCGAGCGAUCGAGGCUGGAGAUACUCAUGCCGCUGUGCACUACGCCACAGAUCUGGCCAAGCAGCAGAUCACACUGAGCAUUCAGCCAGCGCCGCGGGACACAGACGACACCGAGAUCAGCUUAGCUGUGGUUGUAGAAGAUGCGUCGUCUUCCUGCUGUGUCACAGUGAAAGUCCUCCCUCACGUGACCAUCGCUUCUCUGAAGCAGCAGAUGUUUGUUGAGUAUGGUUUCCACCCCAGGGUGCAGCGCUGGGUCAUCGCUCAGUGUCUGUGCUCUGACGGACGCUCUUUAGCGUCGUAUGGCAUCUACAGGGACGGUGACACUGCGUUCCUCUACCUCUUGUCUGCUCGUCACGCCUGCCUCGGUCAGCAGCAGCAGCAGGAGAACGGUGUGUCGAUGCUGACUGCAGCAGCUCCGCUGAACGCCACGCUCGGCCCCACACCGGCCCCCAGCGGCCCCGUCAGCCACGACUGGAGAGGAUACAGCACAUUACCCCCCCGCUUGAGCCACAGCAGCACAGGCAGCGGUGGGUGUGGCCCAGAGAAACACAGCGUCAGUGACAUCAUUAACCUUGAAAUGUUGCAACUUGGAUCCAAACACAAAUCAAGUAACACACAGUCAGGCUGGUCCUGUCCUUCCUGUACGUUCAUAAAUAAGUCUACGAGACCCGGCUGUGAAAUCUGCAGCACAGAUCGACCCAAUCCUCCCAAUCACAGCGGCGUUCAGCAGGAAAAAGCAAGAAGAUCUAACCAGUGAAACUGUGUAAAAGUGUAAAUACACAAAAACACCUAAAAUAAUCUCACAUUCAUUCAUAUUCGAGCGACACGCGAGGACCUACAAUGCUUAGUUUUAAUAAGAGCUGGCCUGCAAACAAAGCUUGAAACUCUCAUAGUGGCUCUGCAGCGUAUUUCCCCGGUGGCUUCAUCUCUAUUAGUUCACAGCUGAUUUGUUGCUUGUUUCUCGUGAAGGAGUCGUGACAUGGAUUUGCUUUUGAGCUCGAUUAAACGCUUUAAGGAGGAAGCUGUGAAACUUGCAGGAUGUUUUAAUGGUACAAAGACCUCUUAUAUGUCAAAAGAUCGAGGAAAAUGUGAUUUCUCCUGACACCUUUAAUAGAGUGAUAUAACUGUUGAGGAGCAUUAGGCAUCAGAAGUUAUUCAGGUUCAUUGUCCGAGCUAAUAAAAAAACACAGCAGAAAGGUUGGAAAGAAGACCAUGCACAAGUUAGAUUUUCUAGAUUUCAGUUCAUUUGCAGACGUGACUCUGCUUCUUUUGCUGUUUAUUCACAAGCUCAUACUAUAAUUUCUGCUCGUGCAACUGUUUAGGAAUCUUCUUCCCUCACUUCACGGAGUGUAAAUCAGUGUUCAUGUCCGCUAGAACUAGAACAGGACAAUUAAUGUUUUUAAAAUAUGUUCAUCAAGCUCUAUUUUAGGGGCUUCAGUUUUAAAUGUGACUGUAUGUCAUUAUGUGACGAGGCCAGUACAUAGUGAGAAGAAAACUGAAUGAAACUUGCAUAAAUGCAUGUUAUGUCAAAUUUAUGGUCUAAUUAUUCCUUAUCAAAUCGACUGGGAAUUCUCAUUGAAGACUUUGUUCAUAUUUGGAACAAACUACAUUCAGAUACAGGGUUAUGAAGUACAUUUAUUUUAUUUUUUUACAUAGCGUGUUAUUUAAUGAACAAUUGCUUUGAAUUGAAUUAUAAUUGCAUUGAAUAUGUGUGUAUUGUAAAUGAUUGUGUUUAAAGUCUACCUGCAUUUCACCAUGGCUUUGCUGUGAAUAAACAUAAUAAACAGAGAA